AUGGAAGAAUCAACUGCAAGCGCCGCGAUGGAGAAGGAGGAGGGAGAGGGAGAGAAGAAGGGAGAGGAGGAGGAGGAGGGAGAGAAGAAGGGAGAGGAGGAGGAGGAGGGAGAGAAGAAGGGAGAGGAGGAGGAGGAGGGAGAGGAGAAGGGAGAGGAGAAGGAGGAGGACGCACAGAAGAAGGGAGAGGAGGAGGAGGAGGACGCAGAGAAGAAGGGAGAGGAGGAGGAGGAGGCAGAGAAGAAGGGAGAAGCGCAGGAGGAGGAAGCAAAGAAGGAGGAGGUGGAGAAGCAAGAGGCGGGAGUAGAGGAGCAACAGGAGGAGGCACAGCAGGAAGCUACCAUGCAGGAGGAUGCUGGCUCUCAGGAAAAACAGGAGCAUGUGGAAGCAGACAGUGGCAUGGCACAACCAGAGCUUCAGGCAAUGCGAUCGAGCGGUCAACUUGGGGAGGAUGAUGCUGCCAAGAAGAUCCAGGCACUCGGGAGGGGCAGGAAGGUCAGGAAGGAGAAGAAGAAAGAGCAGGAUGCGGCGGUCAAGAUACAGGCUUUAGGAAGGGGAAACAAAGUCAGGACUGAGAAAAGGAAGAAAGAACAAGCCGCGGUGAAGAUCCAGGCGCUUGCCCGAGGCAAGAGGACGAGAUCGAUCAUCAAGACGUACGGCCCAGCAGCAGCUCGAGCUGCAUUCUUGGACAGGCAGGCUCGCAUAGAGGGGGGGAUGAAGCCGAGCGACUUGGUGGAGAAGUCAUCCAAGGACAAGAUCAAGCAGCUGGCGGACGAGAAGGUAGUGGAGCAGGCCAAGACGUACUCGCAGGCAGCCUCCAAGGAGGAGAUGGUCGCAGCAACUAAGAUGCAGUCGCUCUACAGGGGGUUCAGAGAUCGCAAGGCGAUACACCAGAAGCGGGAGCAGGUGGAGGAAAGGGAGCGACUCAAGGCAGAGGAAGAGAAGCUCGAGGUGACUCAGGAGACCGAGAAAAAGCUGAACAAGCAGGCAGUGUUCGAACGAGGAGGCUCUCUCACCAGCUCCUACCUCACUCCCACUAAAGUCAGCCGAGUAGACGACAAGCAAGCACGAGGCUUGCAGUCUCGUGCCAACCUGUUGGCGAUGCGAGGAGAGAGGAAGCAGCACACGCCGACGCUGGUGGACAAGAAGGCCAACAUGAGCGCGUUGCAGAAGAAAGCUUGUGUCAUGCUUGAAGACCUCAUCCGCAAGUGGGCGACCAGCUACGCGCGGUCGGUUGAGCUGGCGGACGGGGCCCUGGGGACCGACAAGCUCGAGUUCGUCGCUCUCUUCUCCAAGCCCUCUAAGGAGGAGCCGAUCGCCUGGCCUGUGGUCCGCGUCUACUUCACUGUAGCUGAAGACUUCGAGACUGCCCUCGUGCCCAACGAGUCUUGGCUCGACCGCAUCGUCAUGGACAAGCGAGCGAUCCGAGCGGACAUGGCGCUGCGAAACAAGAGAUGA